GUGUUGCUGCGGAUCGCAAUAUGGCGAUGAUAAGGGCCUUCCCGUCUUAAAUCUGCGAGGAAGCGUCGACUUCUCACCUCUCGCCCCGCAAGCACUCCAUCAUAAUUGACAUCCUGGGCGUUCUUCCUAUCCUCCCCGCAUUCUAAGCACCCGUGGCUUCACCCGGUUCCGCGGCGAAAACAUGACCAGGGUCUACGUCGGCCACCUCAGCUACCGUGUUCGAGAGCGCGACUUGGAGAGGUUCUUCCGCGGAUUCGGCAAGAUCCGCGAAGUCCUGCUCAAGAAUGGAUUCGGCUUUGUGGAGUUUGACGACCACCGAGACGCCGACGAUGCCGUGUACGAGCUGAAUGGCCGGGAACUGGACGGCGAACGGGUGGUUGUAGAGCUGGCACAUGGAACGGCUCGCCGGCCUCCUCCACCGCGGAGCACCUGGACCGACAGCAGUGGCACUAACAGGUACGGCCCACCCACACGGACAGACUAUCGGGUUAUCAUCGAGAACCUGAGCAGCCGCAUCAGCUGGCAGGACCUGAAGGAUCGUAUGCGGCAAGUUGGCGAUGUUACCUAUGCUGAUGCACACCGGCACAGGCGCAAUGAAGGUGUGGUGGAGUUUGCCUCCUACUCCGACAUGAAGCGAGCAAUUGAGAAGCUGGACAACACCGAGAUCAAUGGUCGCCGGAUCAGAAUCAUUGAGGAAAAACCGCUCCGAAGCUUCUCGAGGAGCCGCAGUCGCAGCCGUAGGCGUUCCAGAAGCCGCUCGCCUCGGCGCAACCGGCGAUCCCGCUCCGGCUCCAAGCGCCGCAAGAGCCGUAGCCCGCAGAAACGCCGCCGCUCCCGCAGCGCGUCCCGCUCCCGCAGUCGCUCGCGCUCCGUUAAGCGCCGCUCCAGGAGCGGUUCGCGGCGGCGCCGCUCCAGCGAGUCCCGCUCCAAGUCACCCGCGCCACGCCGCAAGUCCCGCAGCCGCUCCCGGUCGCCCAAGCGUCGUAGCCGGUCGGUCAGCAAGGACCGGAAGCCGGCGAGCCGCAGCCGAAGCCGCUCCGUAGCCAGCAAGAAGAGCGACGACAAUGGGGAAAAGGCCGCCAGCCGCAGCCGGUCCCGUUCGCCCGUCAAGAAGCGCAGCAAGCCGUCCAGCCGGAGCCGGUCGCGGUCUGCCAGCAACGAGCCAAAGUCGCGCAGCCGCAGCCGUAGCCGGUCCGAGGGCAAGGCCGACAAGAAGUCGAGUCGAAGCCGAUCAAAGUCUCCCGCCAGCAGCGCGGGCGGCCGAAAGUCGCGGAGCGCUUCGCGUUCCAAGUCGCCCGCCGACGGCAAGGAGGCUUCGCGGAGCCGCUCAAGGUCGCCGGCGAAGGAGCGCGAGAGCCGCUCGCGGAGCCGCAAGAAGUCGAAGGACGAGUCGAAGUCUAGCCGAAGUCGCAGCGGUAGCCGCGGGAAGUCCCGCUCGGUUUCGCCGGUCAGGGGAGAGGAAAACGGGAAGGUCGCCGCCAAGACGGACGGGAAGAAGAGCUCGUCUCGUAGCCGGUCUCGCGACCGGUCACGGUCGAACUCGGCCGGUCCAGGAAGCGGCAGGAGUCGGUCGCAGUCCCCGAUGCGCGAAUCGCGGUCACGGAGCCGCAGCGGUUCCCCAGCUAGCUGCCGCGAAAAUGGCGACGACUGAGGUUCAGGUUCAGCGCAAACCCCUUCGUCAGCAGCAGUCUUUCUUUUUUUUUUUUUUUUUUUUUUCUUGUCCCAUGCCACAAGCACGCCGACUGUGUCCCCAAGACUAAACACCAGUUAUGCAACUAGGGCCAAGCACAUUUGCAGAGUUUUGGGUCGUGUCGGCGGUGCAGACAGUCUGGUUUCUGUGGUUUUUGCUCAUCAAUAAAACAUUUUUUCACCCGUCGA